CCGCCGCCGCCAGUCGCAGUCGAGUUGGUUGGGUUCAGUCGAGGCGAGGCGAGAGUCGCGGACACACCGUCGCCGUCCGCGCUGUCCGUUCGAUCUAGUCCACUACUCCACGUCGGCGUGCCCUGCCGCGGCCGCGUGCCAUCCCCGUGCGUGUGUGUGAGUGAGAGUGCGUCAGUGUGAGUGAGUUGAAGAGGCUAUCGAUUCCCGACGGCGUCCUACUUUUUCGGCGCCGGUCUACCGGUGUGUGGAUUACUCCGGUCGUCGUCUGCUUCCCUGCUGGCCACUAUGUCGCCGUGGACGGCGCUGGCGGUGCUGCUGCUGGCCGCGGGCUGCGCGGGCUACCCCAACGGCGCCCCCACCGGGUCGUGCGGCGAGCUGGUGCCCGGCCACCCCUCGUCGGCGCAGGACGGGCGGUCGCCGUUCGCAGUGGCGCCGUCGCGCGCGCGCACGGAGGAGGGCCGCGUCCGCGUCAUGCUGGAGUCGCCGCAGGGCGUGGGCUUCACGGGGUUCAUGCUGGUGGCCAGGCCCGCGGCCGGCGGCCUCCUCGAGGACGGCAGUGCCUCGCUCGGCCACUUCAGCGGCAUCCCCGACAAGGCCAAGGCCCUGGCCUGCGGCAAGGCGGCGAGGAGUGGCGCGACCCACAGCGGCAAGGAGCGCAAGACCAGCCUGGAGUUCGAGUGGGAGGCUCCCGAAGACUUCGAGGGCCCCGUCGUGUUCAACGCCACGUUCGUGCAGGACUUCGCCACGUACUGGGUGGGCGUGCAGUCGCCCCAGGUCCAGGUGGUGCGUCGCUCGGCGUCGCUGCCGGACGGCGUCAACGCGGCCCCCGGCGCGGCGGGCGGGCCCAGCGCCACCCCCGCGCGCACCUCGCGCCGACCCACCACCACCACGCCCACGCCCUUCUCGCCGGACCCAGAGCCCCAGGCCCCUGUCGUCCAGGACCCCAUGUACGACGGCUGCGGCUCGGUGCGCAGCUGCUUCGGCGCCCCCGCCGGCUGCGUGGAGACGCGGUCCUGCGAGGCAGCCGUGGCCGUGGCGGUGCGCGGCCAGCGCUACGAGUUCGAGAUGAAGGCCAAGAAGGCCAUCUACGUCGCCGUGGGUCUCUCGGAGGACAACAAAAUGGGCUCGGACAGUGUCGUGGAGUGUGUCGCUGGAGGCGGCAAAGUCCAGGCAUACAUGUCGUGGAACAUCGCUGUUGGCAAGGGCAACACCCGCAUUGAUAACCAGGAUGGUAUUAAUUUAUUGAACAGCUCCUACAGUGAUGGCACUGUUUACUGUAAGUUCACUCGUGAGGAGGUCACUACAGUGGAAGGUACUGAAUUCAACCUGGCGUCUCGGAACUACUAUUUAUUGUUGGCUGCUGGCUCCAGUUUGAAAGAGAAUAGCGUUGGUUAUCACGAUAGGAUCUACACUGCAUCAGCAGAGCAGCGAAACUUAGCGGAUGUCAGUGGCUUCUCUGCUGCCAGCAAACUGUAUUUGAGGCUCCACGGUGCGUUCAUGUUGUCUGCUUGGAUUGGUGCAGCGUCUAUUGGUAUUGUGCUGGCCAGGUACUACAAGCAAACCUGGGUGGGCAGUCGACUUUGCGGCAAAGACCAGUGGUUUGUGUGGCAUCGUUUCUUCAUGGUUCUGGUCUGGCUCCUGACUUUGGCUGGAUUUGUGUUGAUCUUCCUUGAAAUUGGCGCCUGGACAGCUGACACUCGCAACCCUCACGCAAUCCUUGGUGUGGUGACGACUGUCCUGUGCUUCAUUCAGCCGAUCGGGGCGGCCAUGCGGCCUGCACCCUCUUCUCCCAGAAGGCCCCUUUUCAACUGGCUCCACUGGCUGGCAGGCAAUUCGGCACACAUCCUCGCAAUUGUUACUAUUUUCUUUGCUGUGCCCCAAAGCAAAGCUGAACUUCCAGAAUGGAUGGAUUGGGUCUUAGUUGCCUUUGUGGCCUUUUAUGUUUUCAUGCAUCUUAUUCUCUCUAUUGCCGGUUGUAUGAGUGAGAAGGAGAAUCGAAAGCGUGUUAACUCGUUCCCAAUGAAGGAUUUGAACUCGAGCAGAAUGCCAAGUAGCAGUAUGGACAGGAGUAUGGAUUCUCCGCAUUCAUCAUUUAGACGAUGCCUCCUUGGCAUUCACAUCGUUGUUAUCCUUUUGGUGACCACUGCUUUGGUCGUCAUUGCAGUAUUUGCCCCAAUUGAAGAAAAAUGGAAACAAGUCAUGCAAAGUCUGAACUUAUAAUGAGAUUGUUUUCAAGUCCGUACUGUAUAGGAACUUUUCCACUGUUGACAACUCUUGUUAUUUUUUUUAUUUUUUUUUAAAUCAGUUUAUAAAUGUUUCAAGACUUGACGAACACAAAGUGUUACAUGCAGUUUUGUAUCAAGAGUAGAAAAACAGUAAUACUCAUGAUGGUGACAAUGUUAAUAUCCCCAAGCAGUAUUAAUGCUGAGGUGGCUAAGCGUUUGCCCUCCAGCCACGUAACAUUCUGUUUUCUUCCUCAGUGUUAGUGUUUUUUCCAUGCUUCAUAUUGAAGCUGAUUCUAGAAUUAAUUUAUGCCUUACUUAUGGAGUGUAAUAUUUGAGGAGGAAAAAAAUUUAGAUGGUUUAAAUGCCGCUAUUUUUGGCACUUUUAAAGGAAAUUGUGACUAAGCUUAUUUUAUGUUAUGACUAAUAUUAUUAGUGUUGAGCUUCUCUCAACUCCUCACCCUUCUCUGAAUUUGGAAAGUGUUAACAUUGAGAGGAGCAUCUUGGUGUACCUGACAGACAGAUAUGGGAAUAUAUUUUUCUCUUUGCUCUUCAAAAAAAUUUAUUUAUUACUGUUACUUUGAAAGGAUAUGUUCUACCAAGGUGUAUUGAGGUGGGUUGUGUAUAAUGAUGACUGAAGUCUAGCUAUUCAACACUGCAAAACCGCAAUCAGAACCAUAAAGCAUUUGUGACAAUUUUCCCUUUAUUUAAACAUGUGUAGGUGUAAGUUACUAUUUAAGAUUAUCACACGAGUGCAAUGCUGCUGCUAGUGUUUGUAAAGAAUCUGAUGUGCCUGUUUAAAUUUGAUAGUGAGUGGAGCGCCUUGAGUGAAUGGAAAGAAUGAAUGGUUAAAUAAAUUUAUAUAACAUAAUUAUUGUAAUAACACUGCUACUGUUAAACAGAUGUAUUGUGUAGGGAGAAUGAACAAAUGCUGUGUGUUUGGUGCAGCACUUAUUUUAUGAGUGAGUGAUUUUAUGAUUGAUGUGAAUCUGUGUGUGCUGUAUCUUUGUAUGCUGCCUCAAUUUAUUAAAUUUCCAAAGUGCAAUUCCAAUUGAUAGGUUUUAUUUUGCGAUUUUGUGCCUUAUACUUGUCUUAAUUGUUGGUCCGUGCUCAUAAGAUUAUGUUGACAACGGUGUGUACUAGUGUCAUGGUGAUAAUUUAACAUAUUAAAUGAAACAAAAUAAUU